UUUGAGUGGUAGUUUUUCAGGUGGAUAAAAACAGUAUGGCUUAUCAUCACUAUACUUUAAUAUUAUUAUUAGCAGUUCAGCUAGAAAAUGGACAUGCUACUGGCUCACGAUGCAAAAUUCGUAAAUUUCCUCACGGAUUUAUGUUCGGUACAGCAACCUCGUCUUACCAAAUAGAAGGGGCUUGGAACGUAGACGGAAAAACAGAAAACAUUUGGGAUCGUUUAACUCAUACGCGACAAUAUUUAGUUCGUGACCAGUCAAGUGGCGAUACCACGGACAACUCAUAUUAUUUAUAUAAGAGGGAUGUGGAAAUGUUGAGAGAGCUGGGUGUUGACUUCUACAGGUUCUCAAUUUCGUGGACAAGAAUACUUCCCACAAGUUUUCCUGAUAAAAUUAAUAAAGCGGGAGUAGCUUAUUACAACAAUUUGAUUAAUGAGUUACUUAAGCAUAAUAUCAAACCCGUGGUCACAAUAUUCCAUUGGGACUUGCCACAGAAACUUCAAGAUCUCGGAGGGUGGGCGAACCCUUACAUUGUAGACUGGUAUGCGGAUUACGCACGGACUCUAUUUAAAUUGUUUGGAGAUCGAGUAAAAUACUGGGUAACAAUAAAUGAACCACAUCAAGUUUGUUACUUUGCGUAUGGUGACAAGAUCUUAGCUCCUGCUCUUGACAUUAAAGGAGUAGCUGAAUAUCUGUGUGCAAAAAAUGUGCUUUUAGCUCACGCUACAGCUUAUCACAUCUACGAUAAAGAAUUUAGACCAAAACAAAAGGGGAUAGUAUUUAUCUCACUGAGCGCUCAAUGGUAUGAACCUUUGUAUAAAAAUCAGUCUAAAGCAGCUUUUGACGCAAAUCAAUUUGAAUGGGAACAAUAUUCUCAUCCAAUUUUCUCAAAAACGGGCGAUUUCCCACCGGCUAUGAAAAAACGAAUAGCAGAGAGGAGCGCAGAACAAGGGUUCCCUAGGUCCAGACUGCCUGAAUUUACGCCACAGGAAAUUCAAUUCAUACGGGGGAGCUCUGACUUUUUUGGAUUGAAUCAUUAUCUCACAAAUUAUGUAUCCAGAAAUAAGUCGGUGUAUGGAUAUUAUGAAUCACCUUCUUUCAACGAUGAUCUAGGAGUGUUCUUUCAUGUUUUGCCCGAGUGGACUAUUGGUCAAUCAAAUUUUACAAAGUUUGUUCCAUGGGGAUUUUACAAAUUACUAACAUACAUUAGAAAAGAAUAUGGUAAUCCAACCGUAUUUAUUACCGAAAACGGAUUUUCUACCUACGGAGGUCGGAUUGAUAACGACCGUGUCUUAUAUUACACGGAAUACUUAUCUGCCAUGUUGGAUGCGAUGGAGGAAGGUUCUGACGUUCAAGCAUAUACAGCGUGGAGUCUAAUGGAUAACUUUGAAUGGACAUAUGGAUACACGGAAAAAUUUGGUGUUUAUGAAGUGGACUUCAGCACACCAGAGCGUAAGCGCACGCCACGGAAAUCUGCUUAUGUUUUAAGGGAAAUAUUCCAAACACAUUUACUGAACCGAUGUUAUAUCCCUGACAUGAAAGUUCCAAUGGCAAUAACAUAAGGACUAUUGAAGCUGAGUACGCAACAAAUGAAAUCCCUGGUUCCCGCAAAACGAGAGGUGUGUUCACUCACACACAAUAAUUAUCUACUAUGUUUUUCAUGGGAUUGAGCAAAACUUAAAUAGCAAAAUUUGCGCUUUUGGCGACCGGAGAACGUUUUCGGUCCACUAACACUGGAAUUCAUAGUCAGGAUAGGAGCUUCUUUA